AUGGCUAAGUUAUCUAUCAUCAUCCUUGUGAUUGAAUACAUUAUUAUUAUCAAUCAAUUGCGAUUCACGGUUCAUCGACACCGCCUUGAUAAAUGUCCUUGCUAUCAUAAUCGCAAUGAGCGAGCAUACCUUUUGCAUAUUCAUGCCGAAUUCAAUGAAUUCCCGAAACAGAAUAAAUUACAGGCUCGCCUAAAAUCGGUGAUCGGCCGGAAUGCAGUUAACGUUAAUGCAUGUGCCCUUCAUCAUACAACAGAUACUUUGCUCCAAGUUGCUGGGUCAUCAAUUAUUGUCAGCUCAACAGCAACUUUGGACAAGUUAGAAGGGCACCUGAUAUCAAGAAACAAGCAGAUUUUUACAUGUGUUGCUAUAACAACUUGCGGAAGAUUUGCAGCAACUGGAGAAUCGGGGCAUAAUCCGAAUGUCCGAAUUUGGCAGCUACGUGAUGAUCAGGGCAAUUUUGUUGGAAAACUUGUGCGCUCGAUGCCUGCACAUACUGUAUCUAUCAUCAUAGUGAAAUUUACUCCUGACGAUAGUACACUAAUAUCUAUUGGUUGCCAACAUGAUGCUCAAAUCAUCACCUGGAAUUGGAGAACGGGCCAAGAUAUGGGAGUUGGAAAACUCACAUCUCCAGUCAAUGCCAUAACUGUGUCCUACGAUUCAAGUAUGUGUGUCACUGUUGGUUGCAAGUCUGUCAAAUACUGGUUUCUUCCCAUGGCUUCUGAUGGUGUUAACAAACGUUCUGGGCUGACGAGUCGCUCGGCAAUCCUAGCGGAUAAGCGAAACGUGACCUUUGUCGACGCCACAUUUUGCGAUUCUUCGAAUCGAUUAGUUACAGUCACUUUAAGCGGAGAGAUUCUAGAAUUCAAUGGAAAUAAGAAGUACGUCAAAUGCUAUUCGUGGAAGGACACCUUCAAGGCCGUAUGUGUCGCUCGAAUACCAGAAGGGCUACUUGUUGGCUGCUCUGAUGGUUUAAUUCGACUUUUCUGUCUUAUCGGAGACGAUCUCGACUUUCUUGCUGAUCUCGCGCCUCCAAUCCAUCUCUUCCUGGACCCGGCACUAGUUUACGAGCCGCAACAACUUGUGGAACAUCCUGAGGAUGCUAUGUUUCCUGAACCUCGUUGUAUUACUGCCAGCCCUAGUAGUGGCUCGUUUGUCGUCGGGUACGCUGACAGAUCUCUCAUCGAGUUUUCUCGGGAACACCAACAAUGGUCAUUCAGAAGAGCUAGUCUCGCCCAUGUAGGAGCUGUGAACUGCAUUGAGAAUUUUCCAUCAUCAUCACCAAGCUUACCACCCGGAACUGUCAUUACCGGUGGCAAUGACGGAACAAUUCGAUUCUGGAAUUUCACCACUGAUGAUGAAGAAAAGAAAGAAAUCGUCAACAUUUUAUGCCCAAAUCUUCUGAAAGUCAUCUAUUUGGAAGAUGAUUCAGCACUUCUUUUAGAUAAAAAACAAUAUGAAGCUGUUGGCUCAACAGAUAAUGGACAAUUUGAUAAAUCUGGCGUUCUUUGUACACGAAUAUCGCACGACGGUAGGCUUAUGGUGGCUGGCACUGUGACAGGAACAAUUUUCUUCAUCGAUCUCUCGUUUUCCGAUAUGCCUACGCUGGAUGUAGUAAAUGCGCAUGAUAACGAGAUUGCCACUUUAGAUUUCUCCGAUCAUGCAACCACCUCUAAACACGAUUAUCCCACUUUUUUGGCAUCCGGCGGGCGCGAUAGAUUUGUGCAUGUGUUCAGGAGGAUACCCUACAGUUCCCAAUUUUCUCAUUGUGCCGUUCUUGACGCUCACCAAUCUGCUAUCAAGUCGGUUAAAUUCGCGUGGAAUGCCGAUAAACUGCAUCUCUACACAUGCUCAAGCGAUAAAACGGUUUUGAUCUGGAAACUGACAGGGAUUAGCGACGAGCGAUGCGAAUUCUCUCGAAUUCACCAACUGUCGAUACCAUCAAGUAUUUGUGAUAUGAAUUUUGUUAAGCAUGCCGAUAUUCUGGUUAUCGCGGGACAUGAUAGAAUUCUUCGUCAAUUCGACCUCAACGGCAAACUAAUUCGAGAAGUCAAAGGUGCCGACGACGAUGUCGCCCAACACGGCAAAAUUGUCAAAGUGACAACCGACUCAUCGGCUUCAUACGCAUGCGCAGUGUGUUCUGACAAGUUCGUCUACGUGACCGAUAUGCGAACCGGAACGUGCCUCGCUGCUCUUUGCGGAUUUGGAGCUCCACCAACUGAUGCAGUUUUUUCUGAAGACUUCAGAAAUGUGAUGGUUACUACAUCGCAAGGUUUCAUCUUUAUCUGGCGACUUGCCAAGAAUCUCACAGAGCGCAUGGUUUCAGCACAAGUUCGACUCAUGGAGGAGAUCACAAUGAGAACAUCGUCUCCUGAUAGUCUAUUAGGCAGUGGAAGUGAAACGAUAAGCGAUUCAAACUCGCUGAAACGGCCUCUCGGUGCACCGGAAUUCAGCGGAUGUUCAACGUCGUUGUGCUCAUAUCAAGCCGACGACGACGAUUCGACUCAAUUCUCAUCUUCUGUGCGAGGAAGUCAAUCGAAACGCUUAAAUCCUGUGAAUUGGCAUCAGAUUGGCAGCUCGAGUUUUGCUCGCCUCGGUGAUAGCUCGUUCUCGCCAUCGGUUCAGUUGGCACCGGCUGUUGAGAGGCGAACCCAUACGAACAUAUUCGCUUCACCGGACCAAUACGAAACUGACGCAUCAGAAACUCAAUCGGAUUUUGUUUCGGCUUCGUCAUCGCGUCGAAAAAAUCGCAUCUUCUCAGAAGAAGAAGACAACGAAGAUUCGGCCAGCCAUUUUGGAACCGUAGGGCACCACACACAUUUCUUGUCGCCACCAUCUCAAGAAAUUCGGCGUUCGGCUUCUCCCGGCUACCAGCAAAAUAGCGAGCAACUCCGCGGCUACCAGAGCAGCAAAUCCAUGAUGAACUUAAGAGACGUCAAUGGAGGCGGUGUUCGAGUGCCGACAGCUAAAGAGCUUAUGAUGUCCACAAUUGCGGCUCAGCGAAACGCGGGAUCAUCAUCACAUUUGUCGAACAACAACACCAGUUCAUCUGGCAGAAUGAAAUGGGGCGAAAUGGCACCGGUGCAGUAUAAUGACUGGCAGCCGGCCUCUUCUGAUAUUCAUCACAUUCAACCUGCAAUGGUGUCGUCGUAUAUCAAUCAAACCCACGAAAUUCUGCCACAUAAUCUUUUGGAUAAUCCGUUUUUUGCAGGAUAUCCAGAUUCAACGUCUCAUCCUCCUCCAGUAGCUCCACGCACUUCGUCGCGUGUUCUAUCGACUCCUCCAUCGCAGCAGGCGAUUCAGCAAAUUCAGGCGAAUUCGCCAUUCCGCAGAAAGUCCAUGGAACGCAACAGUUUGUCUAGAAAAUUUCUUGAUAAUGGUGGAACGCAGCCCAAAACGGUUUGGAGUCCGCAGACGCUGUCAACGAGCUCGGCAACGCGACGAAGCAACUCGAAUCUUUUUGCCUCCUCCAUGGAUUCCAAUACGAAUUUGGCAAGGAAAUCUGAGGAGCCGACAUUCUCAUAUUCGCUUCGUAGUCGGAGCCAAAGCCCGAAUAAAUCGGCUUUGAGCCAUAUGCUGAAUCGCGAUUCAAGCCCAUCGUCGACUGCUACUAGCAGUGUUGUUAAUGCGGGCUCGCGAGAUCGAACGAUGCAUUUACAACAAAAGCGAAGGGAUUCUGACAUCUCGUAUUUCAAGUCAGCUAACAGAGGUAGAGACGAGAUGAGGAAGAGCACGGAUGCACUUAAUAAGCUUAUGGCUGUUAGAAGCAAACUUCAUCAGUCAAGUGAGAAUUUGCGAAAAUCGACGGAGAACUUGUCGCUUCUGAAGCAAAUAGACGAUGAUGGUAAUCAACGAACGCGAAGUAUUACCAACUUGAGGAACAUCACAAAAACAGGAACCAAUGGCGCCGAGACCUUUGGGAUAUUUGAUGCCGAUUCAAGAAAUCGCUCCGGAUCGACCAGUUCAUUGGCUCAAUCGAGAAUGUUGGCUAGAAGUGUCGGCAAUGUAAAUGAUGAGCUAGCCAUGGAAGGAUCUGCAAGAGCCGACCAUGAUUCGCCAAGUAAACGCUUAGCCAAUACAAUCCAGAUGAUGAAGAAGGCGAGCAAUCCCGAUCUGACAGCGCCCGAGCAAUUUGAAGAUACCGGAAGCCCGUUUGCGUUACGAAUGCGCGGUGCUGUUCAGAAAAAGGUGGAUCGCUUUAGACCGCGAAACAAGUCCGCGCGCAAUCAGACAAGCGAGGAGUCGGACUCGAAUAACAGCGAUAUGACGCCAUUGAGCAUUAACAAGAGAGCAUUGGCUGCUGGAAAUCGGUCGACAACGACAUCGGAUUGUUCGCCGGCUUCUUCGACGAGGUCCUCGUCUAUUGCUUAUGGUACGGGAGGAAUUGGGUCUGGUACGUUGUCUUCUAGAAGGCUCUAUGAACGUGACCGUUCUUCAGGGAACACCACAACCCCAAAAAGAAGCGCAAAUUAUUUAGUUACUAAAAUGAGUGAAAAGUCAAUGGAAGGUCCCGAUCUCGGUAGCGAUGAAUCGCCGCGUAGCUCCGUGAACUCGAACGAAUGGCAACAUUUGAUUGAGAAUUCUAGAGACGGAACCAAAAAUCCGCUUGUUUGCCACGUCCAGGAUUGUAUUCAACAGCUUCGCAUCAAUGUCGAUAAAUCAUUGCAGGCCAAAAAAUUGGUGGAGGACGAUAUGAGUUUACCUAUCGAGAAGAAAAAGAUUAUUAUGUGUGAAAUUGAACGGUCAAUUGAGAAAGUCGUAGAGAAACUGGUGCCGAAUCGACUCAACAAUUCUGAAAGACCGACGGUUUUAAAGAAACGGUUUGAAAUUGAAAAGUCGGAUGAGGAAUUGAGUAGUGUGAAAGUUAGAACGUACAAAGGGUAUAUAUCCCUUAAAGAGGCUCAGGACAAGGUGUUUUGUAAUUUUGGAUACUACAUUAGCGAAAUCAGACAGCCUGUUCCUGUUCUUCGGUUUCUGAAUGAACCAACUUGCGAGAAUAUUUUCUCAGAAUGGAUUCGAAUUUCCAACGAGCCACAACCUCCAGUGCCACCAAAAAAUAUGUCCGCAGCUAUGAUUGACCAGUAUUUGUUAUAUGGUUAUACAGCUGUUCAAUACAAUUACCAUAACGAUCGAAAUUCUGUGGACGGUGAGAAGCCUCGGAACUGGGAAAAAAUUUCCGAACUGCUUACAUGGAAGCCGUUGACUCUUGCAAAUAUGGCAUAUGGAGUUGAUGGAUUGUCGAUGUAUAAUGCAAUGAAGUUCAUUUCCUUGAAAGGCCAAACGGGAUUUGUGGUGGGAAGUAUGCAGCCUUGGGUGGAAGUCUACGCGCUUCUUAAUGGAGCUUCAAAAAUCCUCACCGUAGAAUACAAUAAACUGGUAAUCCAAAAUCAAUUCCAAGACAGAAUGUCGUCAAUUCUUCCUAUCGAUUUUGCGAAAAAAUGGGAAAGUUUUGCUGAUUCGUUUGAUUUUGCCGCCAGCUUUUCGUCAAUAGAACAUUCCGGAAUCGGUCGCUAUGGUGAUCCGUUGGAUCCGAUUGGCGAUUUAAGAGAGAUGCUAAAAAUUCGAUGUAUGCUCAAAAAAGGAGGACAUCUUUUUCUGGGAAUGCCUCAGGGAACCGACGCCAUUGUGUUCAAUUUACAUCGCAUUUACGGACCAUUACGUCUCGCAAUGAUGUUUGCAGGUUUUGAUUUGAUUCAUGUAUUUGAUGGUUCCCAUCAACAGCCGAUUUUGUUUGAUGCAAAUGAACUGCAUCGUCACGGAAUGUUUGCGCAUGUUCAGAGGACAUUGGUACUACGAAAAGUUUGA